AUGUUUCCCUUGGUCAAAAACAAACUCAGUCAUCUCCAAGUUCGAAGCAUUCAGCAAACAAUGGCAAGGCAGAGCCACCAGAAACAUACACCUGAUUUUCAUAACAAAUAUGGUAAUACUGUAUUAGCUAGUGGACCCACUUUCUGUAUUGCUAUGUGGACAUAUAUAACAACACAAAUUGGAAUAGAAUGGAACCCAUCCCCUGUUGGCAGAGUCACCCCCCAAAAUGGAGAGAACAGUAAUCAUACCAGCUGGUGUAAUAAUGAAUUGCUUAAAAAACAGCUCAUAAUUGAUGCCAAGUUAAAGCACUGUGUACCCAUUAAGAUAUGGCAUUAA